AAAAUCCUUAAUAGGGGAGGAGGAAAGACGCGAGCGAGAAGGAAGCGCCUUUUCAAAAUCCACCCACCUCUCUCCCCACCCCCUCCAGCUCUCCGGCAGCCUUGGAAACGGCAUUUGCGCUGCCUCUGCCGCUGCGUUCGGGCAGGGACCGGUUCAAAGCAAGGCAAGGGAUUAAGCGCAGGGCGAGCUUUUCGCAGGCGCGGGGGCAGCCAGCGGAGAGGCGCCGGGGGGCCGCAUCCCCGCGGCGAAGGAUGGAACUUUGAGCGCGCCGGGAGCAAGGAAUCCGUUCCUGGAGUUGAAAAGAUCCCUCCGAUCGUCUCCAAGGCUUGUUGGAUCCAAGUCUCCAGUCUGAGGGAUUUAUUUAUCUGGGGUUUUUUUUGGAACGACUUACUGAUAUAUUUUUUUUGCACGCAGGCAAAUCUGUAAAGAGGAGACUUCCGUGCGCCUGCGGGGGGCUGGGUCCACUACCCACUCUGAUCUAUACAGGACGCUGCGGGAUUAAAGGACCGGCGACACCCCCCCCACCAACCCCCCCCCCAGUGGUCGUAGCGGAUGGUUGUGUGCGCGCGCGCCGCGACCCGUUUCCCGGCGCGCAGUUGCUGCGCUCUCCUGCCUCGCUCGGAACGCCUUGGAGAGCUGCCGCGGACGGAGCGCGCUUAGGACCCCCUCCCCAGCCCCUCCAGCGGCGCCCGGGGCUCCGCCUGCCGCGGGGGAAGCCCGUGCUGGUUGCCUCCAUCACUCCCCCGGAGGGGCCUUGCCCCACGUGCGCGAUCCUGCGCCCAGGACCUCGCCGCCUCCGCCCCUUGCCAUCCAUGCGCUCGGCCGUGCGCCCGGACGCCUUUGGUCCUCUUCUUCCUGCUCCUGCCUGGGACUAAGGCGCCUCCUCCUUCCCCCGGUGGAUGCCUCCGGGAAGCGGGCGGAGCGCGCAGCCGGGGAGGGGGGCUGCCGCCGCCGCCGCCGGAGUACAUGCCAGUGCCCUCUCCUCCUGCUCCUCCUCCACCUCCUCCUGCUGCUGCUGCUCUUCUCACCAGAAUGCUUUACUUCCAGAUGGUGAUCAUGGCAGGGACUGUGAUGCUGGCUUAUUACUUCGAGUACACCGACACCUUCUCGGUCAACGUGCAGGGCUUCUUCUGCUACGAGAGCGCCUAUCGCAAGCCUUACCCGGGCCCGGAGGAGAGCAGCGCGGUGCCCCCCGUGCUCCUCUACUCGCUGGCGGCGGGGGUGCCCGUGCUGGUGAUCAUCGUUGGAGAAACUGCAGUGUUUUGCUUACAGAUGGCCACGCGGGAUUUUGAAAACCAAGAAAAAACAAUAUUAACCGGAGACUGUUGCUAUAUAAACCCACUGGUGCGCAGGACUGUCAGAUUUCUUGGCAUUUAUGCAUUUGGACUUUUUGCAACGGACAUCUUUGUAAAUGCUGGACAAGUGGUGACUGGGAAUCUGGCGCCACAUUUUAUUGCACUUUGCAAACCCAACUACACCGCUCUUGGAUGCCAGCAAUUUACGCAGUUCAUCAGUGGUGCAGAGGCUUGCUCUGGAAACCCAGAUCUUAUCAUGAAAGCCAGAAAAACAUUUCCUUCCAAAGAGGCAGCUCUGAGUGUAUAUGCAGCGACAUAUUUGGCCAUGUAUAUCACCAACACGAUAAAGGCCAGAGGAACAAGACUGGCAAAACCAGUCCUUUGCUUGAGUUUAAUGUGCAUGGCAUUUCUUACUGGUAUCAACAGAGUAGCAGAAUAUCGAAAUCAUUGGUCAGACGUGAUAGCAGGAUUUCUAGUUGGCAUUUCUAUAGCAGCGUUUCUGGUUGUGUGUGUGGUAAAUAAUUUUAGAGGUAGACAACCAGAACAUGAACAUUCUCACAUGGACAAUCUGGCUCAAAUGCCUAUGAUCAGCCUCCCUCGAGUAGAGAGUCCUUUAGAAAAGAACCACAUCACGGCCUUUGCAGAAGUCACAUGAUGUUGAGACGGAUGUCUAUUCGCUGCACUGGACGUCAUCCCUUUUCACAGUUCACUCAUAAUAACUGACAUGUUUUCCAGCAGAGGAGAAAAAUAAAACUUUUGUCUGGUUUUA